AUGGCACAGAAAGCAAAGAAGGAAGCUCCUGCACCUCACAAAGUCAAAGCUAAAGCAAAGGCCUUGAAAGCAAAGAAGGCACUGCUGAAAGGUGUUUAUGACCACAAAAAGAAGAAGUCACCCACCUCUGGGCUCUGGAGCCAGCCCAAAUACAUUCAGAGAAACAAGCUUGACCACUAUGCCAUCAUCAACUUCCCCCUGACCACUGAGUCAGCCAUGAAGAAGAUAGAAGACAACAACAUACUUGUGUUCAUUUUGGACAUCAAGGCCAACAAACACCAGAUCAAACAGGCUGUGAAGAAACUCUGUGACAUUAAUGUGGCCAAAAUUAACACCCUUAUAAGGCCUGUCAGAGAGAAGAAGACUUCCAAUUAUGAUGCUAUGGAUGUUGCUAACAAAAUUGGGAUCAUCUAA